AUGGAUUCUGCAACAAUGCACAAGCUACCCAAGCGUACGCGCCGCGGUGGGAGGCGUAGAAACAGGAGACGCGCUUCCAUGGCUGCAGGUGCGCUGGACACCGCACCACAGACGUUGCCGGCCCGCGCGAACGCGAUCUCAUACGUGUCAGACAGCGAGGACUCCGUUUCCUCGGCCCUAACCGAGCUGUCCUCCUCCAGAUCGCCGGCGCGCUCGCGCACGAAUUCUUUCAGCUCGGUUUCAUCCUCCUCCACGUCCUCCACGUCGUCUUCCUGCUCCACCGCGUCGCGCUGGUGGCACACGAGGGCCGACACGGACGACUACGACGACAACAUCAGCUGGCGCACGGCGUUUGACGGGUCCGACCUGGGCCUCAACCUCGCCACCGCGGCGCGCACGCCGUUCGUCUCGAGCUUGACCGUCUUCCCGGCCGACGCCGCGCGCCUCGUCAAGGAGGCCGCCGUCGAGGAGGACGGCGAAACCGAUGGCCUCUUCGCCGACGUCGUCCCGAACGUGCUCGCGCUCGUCGACGACGUGGCCAAGGCGCCCGUCGCGUACGCGGACGUCGUGAAGGCGGCGCCCGCCAAACCCGCGCCCGUCGCCGCGGCCGUCGUGACGGACGACGACGCGUCCGACGAGGAGGCCAAGGCGCGCGCCGUGCGCCGCUCGCGCCACGAGAAGCGCCGCUCCAGAAAUCUGCGCAAGCUCGAGCACCGCGCGGCGCGCGCGGCGCAAAAAGCCGCCGCGGCCGACGCCUUCGACGCGGCCUGCGCCGAAUUCUCGUGCUGAUCUCGCCGCGACGCACACGCGCCGCGGCCAGCUUAUUGUCCCUGCCCUGUUGUCAAUGUGGCUUAUUAUCCCGCGCGAACCCUCCCGGAGGCUGAUAUAA